AUGCUGACAACGCAUUCGAGAUCCAAGCCGCGAGGCGCGGGCCUCGCCAGUUGUCCCCCGCCUUGCGACCUGCCCGCAUUUGAUGGUCAAUGGACGCAGGAGCAGGAGCGCGCCCUGUGCCGCAAACACGAUAUUCGGAACUGCUGCGUGCUUCUCAAACGCCUCCAACACCACGAGGCUCUCGCCGGCAACGACACCCAAUACAUAACUCAAACUGACACGGAAUCUGAUCCAGAGGAAGUACACACUAGAGUUGACUUUGAGAAACCAACAUGUGAUCUUUGCGGAGAAAGUUUUGCACAGAAAUCCGAUUUGAAGAAACAUAUCAUGAUCCAUAUACAUGUACCUACCACACACCAUCCACAAGCGGGUACUGAUAGGGAAUCAGAUGCUGAAGAGAAAAACAUCGAUAUUGACUGUGAGAAUGAACCUACAUGUGAAUUUUGUGGCGAGAAAUUUGCUCUAGACUCAAAUUUAAUGAAACAUGUUAUGAUCCAUAUGUACGUAGCUCGGACUAAACAAAUGUAUGACCAAUCAGAAAUUAAUACUUAUGAGUGUGACAUUUGCGGUAAAAUAUUUAAGCGAAAAAAUAGCUUAAAGCGUCAUAUUAAAACACACUCGACCCAGUCAAAGUCUAAGGACUUUAAAUGCAAUAACAUAGGAGAGAAAUCAUACAACUGCGAAACAUGUGACAAGCGUUUUAUAGAUAGAGAUCGGUUGAAAAGACAUUUACUAAUUCACACGGAUAAAAGACCAUAUUCGUGUGACGUAUGUGAAAAACGAUUUAAAACCGGCAAACAUUUAAAAAUGCAUACACGGAUUCAUAGUGACAUAAGACCAUAUUCAUGUGACGUAUGUAUAAAACGAUUUAGAACUCAGAGUCAUUUAAAAACCCAUACACUGAUUCAUAGUGACAUGAAACCAUAUUUGUGUGACGUAUGUAAAAAACGAUUUAGAACUGAGAGUCAUUUAAAAAAGCAUACACUGAUUCAUAGUGACAUAAGACCAUAUUUGUGUGACGUAUGUAAAAAACGAUUUAGAACUGAGACUCAUUUAAAAAUUCAUACACUGAUUCAUAGUGACAUAAGACCAUAUUUGUGUGACGUAUGUAAAAAACGAUUUAGAACUAAGAGUCAUUUAAAAACUCAUACACUGAUUCAUAGUGACAUAAGACCAUAUUUGUGUGACGUAUGUAAAAAACGAUUUAGAAGUGGGAGUAAUUUAAAAAAGCAUAUACUGAUUCAUAGUGACAUAAGACCAUAUUUGUGUGACCUUCAAGCGUAUUCGUACUUCAUUAUGCGGCUGCUAUACAGCUAA